AAGAAGAUUAAAAAGAAGACUAAUAUUUUUGAAAUUUAGCUUUGGAAGCUCGUUCGCUAUAACAAAAAAUAUCCUCAUUAUUUUUUUAUUCAUAAAAUGCCUUCAAAACCAUUAAAAAAAGAGAAAAUGUGUUGGUGGACGUGUGAAAAUUGUAAGAUUUUGCUAUUAUCAAUAGAGUUAGCGAAACAUCGUGCCGAUCAAUGCCGAAACCAGGAAGAGUUAAGUGGAUACGUUACCGCAACCAACGUGUUCGUUACCAAUAUCAUUGAAAACAAAAUACCAGAAGAUUGGCUCAACGUUGAUGAAGCCCAUAUGAAUGGAUUUGUACUCCUAAGUGAAACGAUAAUGAGCCGAUUAAACCUUAUUUUAGGAGAUUUAGUACAGUUAAAAUCAUAUUCUGAAGAUAACGGAUUCAUUCGGAGAGCUUGGCCAAUGGACGAUAAGAAUGGUGCUUGUGUUUUUGUUCCAGAUGCGUACUCAAGCCUUACAUCGAGCAUUUCACUGAGAGCUGUAAAAUGCAGAAUACCAGCAGCAGAUAAAAUUACUUUAAAGCAGCUGAAUAUAUCGAACGAACCAACUGACUUGAGGAAUAGAUCCUCUGUUCUAAAAAUAGUCAAAAAGCAUUACUUGAAUAAAAUAGUAAGUGUUAAGACUUGUUUGAGUAUUAAGCUAUGCAACAAGUUAUACAGUUUCCAAAUAAUUUUUCUAGACUGUCGGAAAAAAUCAAAUGCAACUAUAGUUGACCAGGUUUCUAAUUUAAGUUUAUUUGAUGGAUAUUAUGAAAUUGAUUCAAGUACUAAACUUGAGUUACAACCAGAAAACGUGAAGUUGAAUCUACACAUAACAAAUGACCUCAAAAAUAUUGGUGGUUUAGAUCAUGUGAUAACGCAGGUUAAGCAAUUGGCAUCAAUUGCAAUAGGCAUAUCCUUAAAUUCAAAAUUGGUGCCGAUCAGCAGAGGCUUAUUAGUUUAUGGAACAUCCGGAGUAGGCAAAACCAUGCUACUUUCCUCAAUCGCCAAUUAUUUUCAUUGUCAGGUAAUAAAAAUAUUGGCUGCAGAAAUAUACAGUAAAUAUUAUGGAGAAUCUGAAAAUAAUAUAUCUAACAUUGUAUCGAAGGCAAGUAAAAACUAUCCUGAUCCAACAAUAAUCAUUGUAGAAGAUUUACAGAAUGUUUGUCCAAAAGUUGAGACAAGCGAUAUAUGCAAAAGAAUUUCCGGUUCUUUUGUUAACAUGAUGGAUAACAUCCAUAGUUUGAAAGCAUGCAGCAGAACGCUGAUAGUCGCUAGUGCUGAUAACCUAGAUAAUAUAAAUCCCGUUCUUCGGCGAAGUGGUCGAUUUGAUUACGAAUUUGAAAUACCUGUACCAAAUUCAAGGCAGCGAGAAGAAAUACUCGUUAAAAUUCUGCACACGUACGAUAAUAAAUUACUUCCGCAAGAUAUUACGAAAUUGUCUCGCAUCACUAAUGGAUACGUAGGAGCCGAUUUAAUGAGUCUUGUAAGUCAUGCAGCUAAUACAGCGGAUACGGUGUUGGAUAUUGAUGCAUUGACUGCCGCUUUACGAAAUGUGAAAGCAAGUGCAAUGAAGGAAAUUAUGAUGGAAUGCCCAAAUGUUUUUUGGAAUGAUGUUGGUGGUCAAAACGACUUAAAAUUAAAACUAAUGCAAAUAAUCGAAUGGCCUAUCAACCGACCGGAAUUGUUUGCUCGCCUUGGUAUAACUGCCCCUCGUGGAUUGUUGAUGUUCGGUCCCCCUGGUUGCUCGAAAACCAUGAUUGCAAAAGCAAUUGCUACCGAAUGCAAACUCAAUUUUUUAUCUAUUAAAGGGUCCGAACUGUUUUCUAUGUGGGUAGGAGAAUCUGAACGUGCUGUUAAAGAUCUGUUUCGAAAAGCACGUCAAGUAGCCCCAGCUAUAAUAUUCUUCGAUGAAAUUGAUGCAAUUGGUGGUGAAAGAGCGGCGGAAUCGGGAAGUUCUGUAAAAGAACGCGUUCUUGCUCAACUUCUUACUGAAAUCGAUGGUGUAAGUGCUUUACAAAACGUGAAAAUUAUAGCUGCUACCAAUCGUCCCGAUUUGAUCGAUAAAGCUCUAAUGCGACCUGGUAGACUAGAUAGAAUAAUUUAUGUUCGUCUGCCAGAUGCUAUCACAAGAGCUGAAAUUUUUAGAUUGAAAUUGUCGAAAAUACCUAUUGCGGAUGACGUUUCUAUAGAUGAGCUUGUCACGGGCACAGAAGGUUAUUCUGGGUCAGAAAUAGAAGCUAUUUGUCAGGAAGCUACAAUAAAGGCAUUAGAAGAUUCAUUCGAGGUUACGAAAAUAUCGAAAUUAUACUUUGAGUAUGCUUUAAACAUAGUACAACCACGCACUAGUGUACAUUUGUUAGAGUUGUAUGAAGGUUAUAUGAAAAAAAUAAACAAUUAA